GUCAGUAAACCAUUUGAUUUAGUUUAAUAAACAACAAUCAUCGUCGCAACCUAAAGUCGCAACGAAUCAGAACUUUCCAUCUUUUCCAACCCCUACUAUUUUGCUUAUACAACAACAACAAAAAAAUCAACCACAUUUGUUCGUUCAACACACAAAUACAAAAAAAAAGGAUUACCAUUAUUAUUGUUUGUGUGUGUGUGAUAGAGUGCAAGGAUAUAUAAAAUACUCGUUAAACGCGUUAAUUGUUCGUGUUCUUAAAAGUCGUGUGUUCAUAAAGUUUUAGUUAAUUUUUAUUGAGAAUCAUGAAAGCUUUCAUUUUAAUGUCAUGCUUGGCUUUGGCUGCUGCUAGGCCAGAAGCUGGUUAUGCCUAUAAUAGACCUGGAGGCGGUGGUGGCUCCCAUGGCGGUGGCGGCUUUGGUGGCAGCUCCGGAGGCGGUGGUGGCUUUGGUGGCAGCUCCGGAGGCGGUGGUGGCUUCGGAGGUGGCGGUUUCGGUGGUGGCUCCAGUGGAGGCGGUGGUGGCUUCGGCGGUGGCGGUUUUGGAGGUGGUUCCGGAGGCGGUGGUGGUGGUUUCGGAGGUGGCGGCUUCGGCGGCGGCUCCGGUGGAGGCGGUUUCGGUGGUGGAUCCGGUGGUGGAUUUGGCGGUGGUGGCUCUAUUGGAGGUUUUGGCGGCGGCGGCGGUGGUGGUGGUGGCACUACUUUGGUGCAGAAACACAUUUAUGUUCAUGUACCACCACCAGAGCCCGAGGAAUCUCGUCCCCGUCCCAAUAUACCCAUUGGACAAGCCCAGAAACACUACAAGAUUAUCUUCAUUAAGGCUCCAUCUCCUCCUUCCUACCAGGCACCCGUCAUUCCCGUACAACCUCAAAACGAAGAAAAGACUUUGGUCUAUGUGUUGGUCAAGAAACCAGAGGAUCAACAAGAUAUUGUUAUUCCCACUCCAGCUCCCACUCAACCCUCCAAACCAGAAGUUUACUUCAUCAAAUACAAGACCCAAAAGGAUGGCAGCGGCGGUGGUGGUGCUGGAGGUUUCGAUGGCGGUGCCGGUGGUGGUUCCGGAGGUGGUAUUGGUGGCGGUAUUGGAGGCGGCAUUGGUGGUGGUAUUGGAGGUGGUAUUGGAGGUGGUAUUGGCGGCGGUAGCGGCGGCAGUGGUGGUUACGAUUUGGGUGGUGGUUCCGGCGGUGGUGGUGGUGGCGGUGCUCCUUCCUCCAACUAUGGACCUCCUGGCAAAUCUGGACCCUAUUAAGUCUCUCACAACUGGCUUUGGCAAAAACGCUCUUUUGACCUUUGACUUGUGUUUUUUAACGCAUACUUACACUACUGGCUAGUCCUUGCAAUUUUUAACACAAAAACAUAAUUAUUUUGACAUUUUGACCUCUAACACGAGACUUAAACAACUGCCAAAAAUUCAACACAAACAAACCUUUAAAAAAUUUUUAAAGAUCAAACAACAACUCUAACGCUGUGACUUCCAUAACAUCAAUAACAACCAGACAAAUUCUCCACUCGAAACAUAAAAAGAAGAGAAUCUAAAAGAAAAAGACUUCUUAUAUUCUGCGGAAUAUAUAGAAGAUCUUAUAAAACUAUCCUUGUGCUAAACUGUAACUUAAAUAACGAUCUGUGGUUAUUUUUUCUCUCAUCAUAAUACUCAACUGUUGUAUAUAAGCCAUGUUUCCUUCAUACUCUCUCUCUCUCUCUCUCAGUCUCACUCGAACUAUCUCUACAACUAUCUCAUUGUCCUCAAAAUCUUUUUCUAAAACACUAUCUAAAUCUCUAACUAUCUGACUAUCUCAUCUACUGUAAAUGAAACAAAACCUUCUAAUUUGUUAUUAAAUUUAAGUUUGCGCACGUCUCCUUAGAGAUUUCUACUCCCCUCAUCUAAUCUCUACUACUUUUUUUUUUGUACUUGCCUACAUUUGUUAACAAAAUUUUUUGUUGAGUGGAUCCCAGUAAAUCUCUAAUAAGCGUGUGUAUAUGUUAAAUAUAUACAUAUUUUUUAAUUAAUUGUAUUAAUUUGUUAAGUAUUUUUUAUUAUGCACAAAUAAAAAAAAUAACGGUGACAAAAUUU